AUGAACAGCCACAAACUUACAUUAUUUAUAAUUUAUAUCUCUAAACUAGACAAACCAUCCAUAUUUCCAUCCCACCUUGAUUGGUAUACUUCAGCACUUCAAUCUUUUCCUGCUCAUCUUUCUUUGUUGUCUAAUCCUCGAGAGGUUAUCAUCUAUACAUACAACCAUGUUACCCAUGGUUUCGCUGCUCGACUCACACAAUCUCAGGCCUCAUUUCUCAGUAGUUUCCCUGGUAUACUAUCGGUACUCCCUCAAACAAUUCACAAAAUCCAGACAACUCAAACUCCUAGUUUUCUCGGUCUGAAUAAUGAUACUGGUCUCUGGCCUGAGUCAGACUACGCCAGUGACAUCAUUAUUGGUGUUCUUGAUACCGGAGUCUGGCCUCAAAAGACAUCUUGCAACAAAAAGAUAAUUGGUGCUCGGGCUUAUAGCAAAGGAGUUGUUCUAAACGGGGCGAAAGACACGAAUUCACCAAGAGAUACAGAGGGAAAUGGUACACACACAGCAUCUACCGCAGCUGGAUCUGUUGUUAAGAACGCUGGAUUCAAUGAAUACGGUGUUGGAGACGCACAAGGAAUGGCAACAAAGGCCAGAAUUGCUAUUUACAAGGUAUGCUGGAGUAGUGGAUGUGCUGAUGCAGAUCUUAUUGCAGUUAUGGAUCAAGCUGUCGCCGAUGGAGUUGAUGUGAUUUCAUAUUCCAUUGGUCCCGAUUUAGCAGUUCCGUAUGAUAAAAAUCCGAUUUCAAUUGCAGCAUUUGGUGCUGUGGAGAAAAGAGUACUAGUUUCUGUCGCUGCAGGCAAUGAAGGACCUGGUCCUUCCACAGCCAAACAUCUGGCACCUUGGAUUCUAACUGUUGGAGCAUCUACAAUCGACAUAGAAUAUCCCUGUAAUGUGAUUCUGGGAGACGAUAGGAUUUUUGGUGGAGUUUCAUUAUAUUCCGGAAAGCCACUUGCAAACAACACAGAGUUACUCUUUGGUGGUGAUAUUGGUAGCGCAAAUUGUGUAAACGGGGUGCUUAAUUCAACCCAAGCUGCAGGAAAGAUUGUUCUUUGUGAUCCUGGUAACAUCGUAGAACAAGAAAAUGCAGUCAAAAUAGCCGGUGGUGUUGGAUUGAUUACGGCCAAUUUGAUGGAAUACGGAUAUGGAAUGACUGCUGAGUCACCUAUGAUUCCAGGAGCUAAGGUGGCCUUCGAUGACGUGGUUAAGAUUGUUGACUAUAGUAGAACACAAGAGAAACCAGUUGCUUCAUUUGUAUUCAGGGGAACAGUGAUCGGAUCUUCUCCUUCAUAUCCUAAAGUUGCUUCAUUUUCAAGUCGUGGCCCUAACCAUAUAACACCAGAAAUUCUCAAACCGGAUGUUAUCGCACCAGGUGUUGAUAUCUUGGCUGCUUGGACUGGAGCUGCUGAUCCAUCAGGUUUAGAUGUUGAUAAAAGACGGGUCGCGUUCAAUAUAAUUUAUGGUACAUCCAUGGCAUGCCCUCACGUGAGUGGAGUAGCUGCAAUGCUUCGGAAGGCUCAUCCUGAGUGGAGUCCAUCUGCAAUCAAGUCAGCUAUGUUAACUACUUGGUACUUAUAUCAUCAUCAACAAAGUCUAACAGCAGUAUAA